CUCGUCCAAUCAGCGCGCUCCUCCGCCUAUUGCGAGCGCAACAAAAAAUAAUUGUACGACGCUCGGCGGCAAGGGGUUAAGAUGACGACGUACAGCUUCUCCCUCACCACGUUCAGCCCAUCGGGCAAACUCGUACAGAUCGAGUAUGCCCUCGCUGCUGUCGCAGCAGGAGCUCCGUCAGUUGGAAUCAAAGCAAUAAAUGGCGUGGUUCUGGCCACAGAGAAAAAACAAAAGUCCAUCCUGUAUGAUGAGCAGAGCGUUCACAAGGUGGAGCCUAUCACCAAGAACAUUGGCAUGGUGUACAGCGGCAUGGGGCCCGACUGCAGGGUGCUGAUCCGGAAGGCACGAAAACAGGCGCAGAAUUAUUACCUGACGUACCAGGAGCAGAUUCCCACCGCCCAGCUGGUGCAGCGAGUCGCCUCCCUGAUGCAGGAGUACACGCAGUCUGGUGGUGUCCGUCCAUUUGGGGUGUCCCUGCUGAUCGCUGGCUGGGACGAGGGCAAACCCUAUCUCUUCCAAGCUGACCCUUCCGGAGCAUAUUUUGCAUGGAAAGCAACUGCAAUGGGAAAGAACUACGUCAAUGGAAAGACAUUCCUAGAGAAAAGGUACAAUGAAGACCUUGAGCUGGAAGAUGCUGUCCACACUGCCAUCCUGACACUGAAGGAGAGCUUCGAGGGACAGAUGACGGAAGAUAACAUCGAGAUCGGCAUCUGCAAUGAAAACGGCUUCCGUCGCCUGACCCCCCCAGAAGUGAAGGAUUACCUGGCUUCCAUCGCCUAGGCAGGCAUAGCUGUUACAUGUCCCCUUGAUGGUUUUUCACCUGGUAGUCCUUUGCCCAGAAUAAAUACAUCAUCGGUCGGUCCGGUAGAGAUGUUUCUAAUGUGUGCUUCCCCCGGUUAGCUGUUGAUCACGUGAAUGCAUUUUUCAUGCCUGUAUAUAUUAGGCAGAGCCAGUCGAAAUGUUGUCAAAAUGUAGUUUUGAAACAUAAGUUUCACAUAAAACCAGCCAACUGGAUAAGAAAAUAUCUGAUGAGAAGUUGCUUUGUUUACGGGGUGUUGCACUCGCAGGUUUCUAUUGGCUUUACCUUAAUGUGUACUUCGCAUCAGGGGAAUAGUAAUGUUGAUUUGAACUGUUUUUUUAAUGAAACAUUUGCAAACGUAUAAUAAAUGUUCAAGAAUAAUCAUCUUGUGACUUGAAGUUCAUAUUCUCAUCAGAAAUAUUUACUUGUCCAAACAAAUGUUGAUUUCAAACGCAGUGACCAUUACUAUAGCGAGUACGAAUUUCUCCAUAGGCCAACCGAUGUUAACCCUACAAAGUGGUACUGAGGUGGAGGCUAGUCUCAAUAUGACCACUGAAGAUGCAUGGGUCAUAAUUUAUAAUAUAUAUUUUUUAAAACAUAAUAGGGGUUCUGCAGAAUAGCAUUCAUGUUGGAUAAACCGUAGGCAUGUUAAGAUGCUGUAUUUAGACAAUGUGGUUGAAUUGACCCUGCUUCAACAGUGUUGUGCUUACUCUUUGGUUCUUUUGGUAAAGUCACAUAAAAAUUUAAUAAUAGAAUACGACAUUUCGAUUGCAACACAAGCAACCAUCGUCAGGUACAAAUUAAUGAGAAAACAAACAUAGUAAACUUGGAAAUAUAAUGCAAUACAACACAGAGAGUUGGCCAACAACAGUCACACCCACCUGGUUGAUUACAUUAUUCCAAAGAUUGCUAAAUUUGAGAGAGAGACAAAACAUAGACACGGAGACACAGACAGAGACAAGCGGAGAGAGACUUCAACAGACAGACACGGAGACAGAGACAAGCAGAGAGACUCCCACAGACAAUCAGACACGGAGACAGACAAAAACAAGCGGAGAGAGACUCCCACAGACAAACAGAGACGGAGACACAGACACGCAGAGAGACUCCCACAGACAAUCGGAGACCGAGACAAGCAGAGAGACUCCCACAGAAAAACAGAGAGGCACACAGAAAGACAACGUCUGUGUCGAGGCCUUAAAUCGAGAGCGAGGGGGGUAGGGCAGAGGGUAAGUGUGGAAUUGCUGCCCAUAGUGGAUGGACGAGCUGGACACUGGACUUCUACUUAUAAACAAGCACGGUAGAAAGCAAAUUUAGUUAAAUUAGGAAGUGUAAUGCAAUGCAACACAGUCGGUUAGCACAGUUAACGCAUAGCCUGGUUGAUUACGUUCUUCCAGAGAUUGCUAAAUUAGAAGUGUGAAACAAAGCAAAUUUAGUAAAAUUAGGAAGUGUAAUGCGAUGCAACAGCUGUCCAAGCUCGUCUGUCCGCCAUGGGCAGGAAUUCCACAACUUCCCCUCUGCCUGCCCCCCUCUCUAAGGCCUCGACGCAGAGACGUUUUUUUGUGUGUCUAUGUGUGUGUGAGUCUCUGCUUGUGUGUCUCCGUGUCUGUUUUGUCUCAAAUUUAGCAAUCUUUGGAAGAAUGUAAUCAACCAAGUGGGGUGUUUCGUGACUGCAGGGAUUUAUCUUCUUGGUUCUUUUGGUAAAGUCACGUAGAAGGGAAAUAAUAAAAUAAUAAAAUAGAACGUACUUAAAUUUUUUUGUUUUUUUAUUAUUUUAUUAUUUCCCUUCUACGUGACUACCGAAAUAACCAAGAUGUCAGGUGGGGUGUUAAUGCAAUACUGUGUUGGAUUGCAUUAUAUUUCCAAGUUUACUAUGUUUUCUCAUUAAUUUUUACCCGAUGAUGGUUGUUUGUGUUGCAAUCGAAACGUCGUAUUCUAUUUUAUUUUAUUUCGACGUGACUUUACCGAAUAAACCAAAGAGUAAUUCCUGCAGUCACGAAAGCUUCGAA